AACAUUAUUCCUCCUUGAGUUGGUGCCAUAAAUAGAUAUCUCUACUACUAUUAAGAAGGUAACGUAGACUACUUCUGUGCCCCCGCCUCCCCCUCUGGACUGGGACCUCCGGUACCGGAUCGCGCGUGGCGUCGCUAGGGGCCUAGCCUAUCUCCACGAAGAGUGCCAGGACUGCAUCAUACACUGCAACAUCAAGCCUGAGAACAUCCUCCUCGACGCGGAGUUCCGCAUGAAGAUCGCGGACUUCGGCAUGGCGAAGCUUCUCGGGCGGGAGUUCAGCUCCGCGCUAACCACGAUCCGGGGGACCAUGGGGUAUCUCGCGCCGGAGUGGGUGUCUGGGCAGCCUAUCAUCAAGAAGGAAGACAUCUACAGUUUUGGCAUCGUGCUUCUGGAAAUAAUCUCAGGGAGAAGGAAGACCAGGAGACUGAAAUCUGGAAGCCAUCGGUAUUUCCCCCUCUAUGCUGCUGCCCAGCUGAACGAGGGGAACGUGCUGUGCUUGCUGGACCCUAGGCUGGAAGGGCAUGCCGAUGUCAGGGAGCUUGACGUUGCUUGCAGAGUUGCAUGCUGGUGCAUCCAGGACGAGGAGAACGACAGGCCAUCCAUGGCCCAAGUUGUUUGUAUGCUGGAAGGUGUUGUAGACACUCAGAUUCCUCCAGUUCCGUCUUUGUUCAAUGACCUUAUUGACGGUGACAACAGCAGCACAUGUUCCGAAGAAGGCUAAUGUUUUUCUUUUCUAUAUGCCAACAAUU